UGUUAUUUGGGACUGUCAAAUUGAAAUAAUAUCUUGAAUUAUGUUUCAUAUAGUUGUAUUAAUUCGAGAAAAUCAUGGAUAAAAAACCAAUUAAUAAAAAAUCGAAAAAAAUAGAAUUUGAAAAAGUAUGCCGAACUUGUUUGAGUGAAAAUCAAACGUUAAAAGCAUUUAAUAAACAACUUAUAGAUAUGUUAAAAGCGUGUGCAUCUGUAAGUGUGAAUGAUGCAGAUGGCUUACCAAAUAACAUUUGUAUUCGAUGCUAUCAUGAAUUGAACCGAUUUUUUAUCUUUAAGAAAAAAGUUGAACGGUGUGAAAUUAAAUUAAAAAAGUUGUUAAUUGAUAAAAAUAAAAAAUCCAAAAAAAUUAUCACCAUUGACGGUGUACAAAAUAAUGAUGAAACUGUACUAACCACGGAUACAAAAAAUUCCCAUCAAACUCGAUCCGUCACAAAAAGAGCCGCUGCUGCUGUAAAAGCGUCUGAUCUAAAUCUUGUAAAAGUUGAAGUUGACGAACUAUCACAAUUUCUAAAAGUAAAAGAUGAUGAAAUAUUUUUAAGUGAACCUCCGCCCCUAGUUCCUUUGAUACCAAUUGCUCCUGAAGAAAUUCCCGAUUUCCCCGUAGAUACUAAAUUUGAUUCGGUUGAGUUAGCUCUACGACCCCUCUCUGAUGAAACACCUCCUUUAAUACCAAUUAAGUCUAAUCUUCCAAAACCAAUACCUGCCUUAGAUGCGCUUAGUACUGCCAUGGCGAAUAGUAAUAUAAUUGUACCAACUUUUACGUGUCCUACGUGUACAGAAGAAUUUUCGGAUCCACUUGAAUUAAAAUCGCAUAUGACGAACAUGCAUUUACAAAAUUCAUUAUUGCUUACAUGUAAUAUUUGUAAAAAAGAGUUUGCGGAUCGAAAUCGAUUGAUUGGACAUUUAAAAGGACACACUGUACAAAAAUUAUAUAUGUGUAAAAUUUGUGGAAAGCGUUAUCCGAAUCCAAGUACUUUUAAAGUGCAUAUGCGAACGCAUACUGGUGAACGACCAUUCAAAUGCCAGAUAUGUAAUAAAGGUUUCAUCCGCUGGGCUGGUGUUGUUGGCCAUAUGAAAUCACACAACGAAGCGAAACCUUAUGAAUGUGAAAUUUGUCAACGUGGUUUUAAAAUGCAAUCAAAUUUAGAACGUCAUAAAAUUUUACACACUGGGGAAAUGCGAUUUUGUUGUAGUUAUUGUGGGAAAACCUUUACCCAAAAUGAUAAUUUACAAUUGCACGUUCGAACAUACCACACUAAUGAGCGACCAUAUUUAUGCAACGAAUGUGGUAAAUCUUUCGUAAGUUCAACGCGUUUAAAACGACAUAUGUGGGUACAUACUGGUUACAAACGUUAUAUAUGUCAACAUUGUCCCAAAUCGUAUUCAAAUUUAAAUGAUUUAAAAAUUCAUACAACACGAACGCAUGGAAACGGGAGUGAUGAACAAGAAAAACCUUACCCUUGUGCAAUAUGUGAUAUGAGAUUUUUUCAUCCAUGUCGAUUAGCAAAACAUCUAAAAACACAUGAACGCCCUUAUAGUUGCACAGAAUGUUCAAGGACAUUUUCUCGUGAGGAUACGUUAAAUAAACAUGUGAACAAAAAACAUGGUAUUAUAAUGAUUACACAACAAGCUGAUGAAGACCAAUUGGAAGAGGAGCAAGAUAUUAAAAUUAGUGUUACAACGACUGAUACAGAAGAACACAUAAUUUUCUGUACUUGAAUAAAAAAUAUUUUACGGAAAAAUUUUAGAAUUUUCGAGAACUGCAUUUGAAGACUUUUAGUUUAGGAAGCAUUCUUUAUUACAAUUUUAAUAUUACGCCAUAGUUUCUAAAUGCCAUAUCUAGUAAAAUUUAAUAAAUUUCAAACUUUUUUUUUUCGAUUUAUAUACAGCCUCCAAUAGACCAACGUGAAAUAUUGCAGCGAUAUUAAAAAUUGUUAGCAUAAUAUACUUUCGUUAUAUGCCCGUUUCAGAAUUUUUGAUGAAUUAGCAAGUAAAUAAUUUUGAAAUAAAAAAUUUUUGGAUCCUUCGCGUACUGCGCAAUUUAGUACAAUUAGCAAGAGGUGCACAAAUUACAGUUGAUUUAUUGGCUUCGUCAUCGAAAUUAUCUUUAGUACUACCAUUUUUAAAAAUACAUAAUUGAUAAUCACUAUCAAUUAUGAUUAUAGGAUAAAAUUUAUUUCACACGAUGUUUUGGCUCUACAACGAACUCUACAAAAUUUGAAGCAAUAAAACAAAUUUUAGAACAAAUGCCCAUUGUCCGAAAUAAUUUAGUGAAUUUUUAACUAAUGGUAAAUAUAUUAUACACUAGCGUUUACACGAUUAGUUUUAAAAAAAAAUAAUUCGCAAAAAUUUUUACAGAUUAGUAGGUACGAACUGACGCUUACUUCGACUACGAAAUUUUAGAUUUUUUUUUUGAGAAAUAAUAGUGAAGAAAUGAAACCGUGAACUUUUUGGUUUUUUGGAAUCUUGAGAUAAAUGAUACGUCCCAAGCGAAUGUUUUGCGUUGGUUUUUGGGGUGCUAAAAUCGUAAUUAAUUGAUACUCAUCAUUUAAUUAUAAUUUAUAAUCACAUAUAUCUUUUUUGAAAGAAACAUUUGAAUAAAGUGCCAUUACGUGAAAUUAACAAUGUUUUUCAAUUUCAUUUAUGGGCCUAAAUGUCAUUUGAAGUAGAACCAAAUGUCGGCGUUUGUAAUUAAGAUUUUGGU